UGAAAGGGGCUGUCAAAGAGCUCACGUAUUUAUUUCCGCUCGCCAUCUCCUUUGCUCCACUCCGACAGCACCCCAAACUUCCUUCAAAAUGUGUAGUGAUAUUACGGAAGGACGUUACAUCAUUGAAAACGUCGAGACACAGCGUUUCUUGUUCCAACAGGGACCAGAGAUUAAAGGUAAACGCGGAGAUGAAGGAGGUUGGAAGGCUUCUUCUGGCUUUGAGUCACCGUCAGUCAUGGGAGCAGAUGCAAACUACUAUAAUCGAGCCCACUGGAAGAUAAUUCCACAAGGCAAUGGCGUAUACUUGAUCGAAAACGAGGAGACACGGCGCUAUUUGUUUCAGGACGGGCCAAAGAUUAAGGGCAAUCGUGGAGAUGAAGGAGGUUGGAAGGCUUCUUCGGGAUUUGAGUCACCGUCAGUCGUCGGAGUAGAUGCUAACUACUACAAUCUUGCUCUCUGGAAGAUAAUUCCAAAAGGCGACGACAAAUACUUCAUUGAAAAUGCCGAAACCGAGAGGUAUUUGUUUCAGGAUGGGCCGAAGAUUCAAGGCAAUCGUGGAGAUGAAAAAGGUUGGAAGGCUUCUUCAGGAUUUGAGGCACCUUCCGUGGUAGGGGCGGAUGCCAACUACUACAAUCGGGCCCACUGGAAAUUGCUGAAACAAUAGAAUAAGAAAAAGGACGUGAACUGUUUGCUUUAGGGUUUCCUUGAUUUUUCCUUGUAUUUCUUAUAGAUGGUGUCGGUGUUGUUGGGGUAGUUUAAAUCAUUUUAAAAAAGUGAAGGUUUGUCAGCAUAAUUAACCCGAUACCUCCGUUGGAAGAAUUCUCACCAGAAUUAGAGCCGCAGAUUCGGUAUUGCCCAUACAGAGCACAGAAUUUAGAUAGUGUCUGGUAAUAGUCAAUUGUAUUUUCAUAUCACGCUAUGCGAAUUCUUUCCGCUUCGGCAAAGCGUGACAACUUACACAAUACAUAGACAGUAGAUCACGCACUGAUUUUAAAUGCAUCAAAAACCAUAUUGUGAGCCGAAAUAUUAGCGCCAGGUCAUACAAAAUUAAAGAGUUUAGCAAUUCAAGAAUUGACCACAGCAUUAUUGUAUUUCCGUGGAAUGUAUAAGGUAUUGAUGUAUUAGGAACUUGAGUUCAGGACGGAAUUUAUUUAGAUCUUGAGAGUGGAACAUUGUGAACGAGAUCGUGAAGGAGGAAUAAACGCAUUUAUUGGAUA